CCGGGCAGUGAGGGGGAGGCCGCCGGCCCCGCGCUCUCCGCCCCCGGCGGCCCCAUGGCUUUCACCCGGAAAAGGCGACAGGAGCAGCAGCUUUACUCCAAGGAGAGGUUUUCGCUGCUCCUUCUUAAUCUGGAGGAAUAUUAUUUUGAACAGCAUAUGGCUAACCAUAUUAUAAACAAAGAUUGCAGAGAUGAAAGGAAAAUCAGAGGUUCACUAAAAAUCUGUUCAAAAUCAAUUAUUUUUGAACCAGAUGAGAAAAUCCAACCCAUUAUUAAGAUUCCAUUGCGAGAUUGUAUCAGUAUAGAAGCACCAGAAGAUAAUGAAGCAAAUAACCCUUUCACCUGGUAUACACCUGGAGUGAUUUCUGUUGUAUCCAAUCAGGCUUUUCUCAUUAAAGAACAAAACAUUAUUGCACCCUAUAGAACUGAAAGAGGUAAAACUGAAUACCUCUUCCAGUUGGAUGUUGCUGGGAAGGUGGAUGAUGUUAUACAGACUCUACUUCAGCUCUACCGGGCCUCUCACCUGGACAAGCUGGGAGAUCAGGCUGCCAUGAUAACUGCUAUAUUGCAGUCACGUUUGGCUAGAACAUCAUUUGAUAAAAACCGAUUUCAAAAUGUUUCUGAAACCUUGCAUAUGGAAUGUGAAGCAGAAAUGGUGACACCACUGGUGACUAAUCCAGGGCACGUAUGCAUCACUGAUGCAAACCUGUAUUUCCAGCCUCUUAAUGGGUAUCCUAAACCUGUGGUUCACAUAAUGAUGCACAAUGUCCGUCGCAUCUACAAAAGAAGACAUGGUCUAAUGCCAUUGGGUCUAGAAGUAUUUUGCACAGAAAAUGACCUGUGUUCUGACAUCUACUUAAAAUUCUACAACUCUCAAGAUCGAGAUGAGCUCUAUUUCUAUAUUGCAACAUAUCUAGAAAAUCAUAUUACAGAGCAGACGGCUGAGAGUUACAUGUUGCAAUGGCAGCGAGGUCAUAUUUCAAACUACCAGUACCUUCUUCAUCUCAACAAUCUGGCUGAUCGGAGCUGCAAUGAUCUCUCCCAGUAUCCUGUAUUUCCUUGGAUCAUAGCAGAUUAUUCUAGUUCAGAAUUAGAUUUGACAAAGCCUGAAACAUUCCGGGACCUUAGUAAACCAGUUGGUGCUCUGAAUAAAGAAAGGCUGGAAAGACUGCUGACACGUUAUCGGGAAAUGCCUGAGCCUAAGUUUAUGUAUGGCAGCCAUUAUUCGUCUCCAGGUUAUGUUCUGUUCUAUCUUGUUAGAGUUGCACCAGAGUACAUGCUUUGUUUACAAAAUGGAAAGUUUGAUCAUGCUGACAGAACGUUCAACAGUAUUGCAGAAACCUGGAAAAACUGUCUGGAUGGUGCAACAGACUUCAAAGAAGUAAGUAGCCAGAAGCUGCUUGAGGUCACAUUACCUGACUGCUCUGUUCUUUUUUCCAUUUCAAAAAUUUUAAAUUUCUUUCUCUUGAUAGAUCCUGAUGACUUUCUUCAGAAGAGCCAAAAUGCCUUAGAAAGCCAGUAUGUGUCAGAACAUCUCCAUGAAUGGAUUGACUUAAUAUUUGGCUACAAGCAGAAGGGAAGGGAAGCCAUUGCAGCCCACAAUGUAUUUCAUCCAUUAACUUAUGAAGGUGGAGUGGAUUUGAACAGUAUUAUGGACCCCAAUGAGAAAGUAGCUCUGUUGACACAAAUCUUGGAGUUUGGACAGACACCGAAACAGUUGUUUACAACUCCUCAUCCCCGGAGGAUAAUACCAAAGUUCAAAAGUUUGCGAACAUCCAGUCACAAUGUUUCCAUAGAUGAAUCUCCAGUUUCUCCAAGUGAAGAAUCUUUUGAAGAUUUGACAGAAGAAAGUAUAACGCUUGCAUGGAACAACAUUGCCAAACUAAAGUUAGAUGAGCAACAUAAAAUUCAUAAAGAGGAAAUUACUGGAAUAGCAGUCUCUUGCAAUGGGUCUUCAGUUUUCACAACAUCUCAAGAUUCAACCUUGAAGAUGUUUUCUAAAGAAUCAAAAAUGCUCCAAAGAAGUGUGUCCUUCUCAAACAUGGCUUUGUCAUCUUGUUUAAUCUUACCAGGAGAUGCCACUGUCAUAAGCUCUUCGUGGGACAAUCAUAUCUAUUUUUAUUCAGUUGCUUUUGGAAGACGACAGGAUACCCUAAUGGGACACGAUGAUGCCGUCAGCAAGAUCUGCUGGCAUGAUAAUCGCUUGUAUUCUGCAUCUUGGGACUCCACUGUAAAGGUGUGGCACUGUGUUCCUGCAGAGGUCCUGGGCACCAAAAGGCAUCAGUUUGAAUUGCUUGCUGAGUUAGAACAUGAUGUUAGUGUAAAUACUAUCAACCUAAAUGCCGCAAAUGCAAUGCUGGUGUCCGGAACCAAAGAAGGUACCAUUAGUAUUUGGGAUGUUACUACUGCCACUAUGUUGCACCAACUUUCAUGUCAUUCAGGGACCGUGUAUGCUGCUGCUUUUAGUCCUGACAGCAGACAUCUGCUCAGCACAGGAGAAGAUGGCUGUUUUAAAGUAAUAGAUGUGCAAACUGGAAUGCUCAUCUCUUCUAUGGCCUCAGAGCAGCCACAAAGAUGUUUCAAAUGGGAUGGACAUUCUGUGUUAUCAGGAAGCCAGUCUGGUGAAUUAUUGGUUUGGGACCUUUUUGCAGGAAAAGUUAUUGAAAGAAUCAAAGGACAUACAGGUGCUGUAACUUGUAUGUGGAUGAAUGAGCAAUGCAGCAGUAUUAUCACAGGAGGGGAAGAUAAACAAAUCAUGUUCUGGAAACUGCAAUAUUAAGUGCCUUUUCCCUCCAGGUAUAUAAAGGAACUUAUCCAUGUGCGGAAGGUCAACCAAAUAGAAAGCUUGGUUUAUCUAAAACUUUCUAGCUUAUGGUGACUUCAUUUAAAGCUCUUGUACUGUAAUUUCCAUACUGUAAUAUUUUUGUUUGUAUUUCAUUAUGGCUGUCAUAUUGUCUCAACUUGAAAAUGCUUGUCUUAAUUUGAGAUGAAAGACUUAUUUUUCUGUAAUUAAAGAGAUUUUAACUUGCA